AUGGAAGGGAGCCAUCGAUGGCCUGGUCCACCAGGGAGCAACACACAUGGUCCCAGUAACGAGUCCCAAGCUCCGCGACCUGGAGCGAGUUUUGGCCCACCUCAGCAUCAGACCGCACACUCGCCGCAAUCGAGCCUGAGUGGGCUACCACCACCUCCUCCACCACCUGGCGCCCAGUACGCCUUCCACCAAUCCUCACACCCAUCACACAGCAUCGCAGGUCUAGCCAACCUCAGCCAACAGUCUCCGCGACAACCACAAGAGCGUGAAAGACAACCACCCGGCUUCCCUCUCCCAGGCAUCACACAAGCAACAGGCCAGCCACCCGUUCCUGAACGGGAAAGAGCACGCGAGGUAGAGAUACACAUCAAAGAAGAGGAGGAUCGACGGCAACGCGAGCACGAACGUCAGAGGCUCGAACAAGCGCCGCCUCAUCAAGCACACGCUGGACCGCCGAUGCUGCAUCAGCCCGUCGCUGUGGGCCCAGGCAGAGUACACGGUCCGAACGGCAUUCUUGGCAAUCCAGCUAUUGCAGGCCCUCUGGCUCAGAUACCGCUCGGUGCGCCUUCCGGACCUGGGAAUGUGUUUGCGGGUGGACCGGUACAGCCUGCUCAGGGACCUCCGCCUGGGCAGCCCAUGCAGGCGAGUCUGUUAAUGCCUUUCGCGCCUCCACAACAGCAGCAGCAACAGCAGAUGGCACAGGGUCAGGGUCAGGGACAAGGCCAGCAGCCCAUCUUAAACGACGCGUUGAGCUAUCUCGAUCAGGUGAAGGUCCAGUUUGCAGAGGUUCCGGACGUGUACAACCGUUUUCUGGAUAUCAUGAAGGACUUCAAGUCAGGCGCAAUAGAUACCCCAGGCGUCAUUGGUAGGGUCAGCACGCUAUUCGCAGGCAAUCCGGAGCUCAUACAAGGAUUUAACACGUUCUUGCCACCUGGGUAUCGGAUCGAAUGCGGUGCUGGAGAUGACCCGAACGCGAUUCGAGUGACGACGCCUAUGGGCACAACGGUGUCAUCAAUGCCGCAACCUCGUCCGCUUAGCAGGCAGGAUGGUCCAGAUGGGCUGAGGCCUGCAAACGGCACGUUCACUCCUCAGCCUGGUGCAUCGAGUAGCCAGAUGAUGUUUAGUCCCAGUGGUCGACCAGUUGGUCCGGCCGUUUCGGGGCAGCAUCUAUCGCCGUUGGAGGCUGCUAGACAACAGGAGCAGCAGGCGAUGCAUGCGCAGGAGCAGCGUGGGGUCAAUUCUUUGCAGAGUGCUGUCUCUGCUGCUGCGGGUGUGGCCGGGAUGCGCGCUGGCAUCUCACCUCGGGCCACACCAUUGCCUGGGCAGCAGGAUGCACAAGGUCAAGGUGAGGCUGGUAUGGAGAAACGUGGUCCCGUGGAGUUCAAUCACGCGAUCAGCUAUGUGAAUAAGAUCAAGAACCGCUUCGCCGCGCAUCCGGAUAUCUACAAGCAAUUCCUCGAAAUCCUGCAAACAUACCAACGCGAAUCCAAACCCAUUCAAGACGUCUACAGUCAAGUCACGCGACUCUUCAACAACGCGCCAGAUCUGCUGGAGGACUUCAAGCAAUUCUUACCGGAAUCUGCCGCGCAAGCGAAAGCUGCAGAACGCGCCCGCCAGGCUGCUGAAGAAAGUGUGAUGAUGUCGAAUGUACGCGAUACAAGCGGUAUGUAUGGCAGUCCAGUGAUGUCGCGUGAAGCACACAUGGGCACGCCGAGUCAUGGACGCGGUGGACUGCCGCCGGUCGGCAACUUUGCACCUACGCCGAUCAGUAAGGACACGAAGAAGAGGAAGCCUGAACGACAGGGCACGGCGGAUAGUAUGGCUGGACCUUCUGGUGCUAAGGUACCGUUUGCUGGCCCGGCGGGUAAGAGACAAAAGCAGACGCAUGCUGUGCCGAAGGCGCCCACCGAUCUCCCACCCGUUUCACCUGCGCUUAUUCCUGCUCUGCCAAUGCCGCUUCCGCCGACUACGACGACUGCUGCGACGCAUGACGAGCUGGCUUUCUUUGAUCGCGUCAAGAAGGCUAUCAGUAACAAAGGCACGUUCAACGAGUUCCUGAAGCUCUGCAACCUGUUCAGCCAAGACCUCAUUGAUCGCUCGACCCUCGCUCACCGCGGCCGAGCUUUCAUCGGCGGACAUCCGGAAUUGAUGAAGUACUUUGAGAAUUUCCUGGGCGCCGAAGACGCAGAUCUGCUCAUCGAGAACAAGCCGCGCAUACCGACUGGUAGAGUCAGUCUGAGCAAUUGUCGCGGUCUGGGUCCCAGCUACCGUCAUCUACCCAAGCGCGAAAGACUGAAGACGUGUAGUGGUCGCGACGAGCUGUGCAACUCUGUGCUUAACGACGAGUGGGCUUCGCAUCCUACGUGGGCGUCGGAGGAUAGUGGAUUCAUUGCUCAUCGCAAGAAUGUGCAUGAGGAGGGUUUGCACCGGAUUGAGGAGGAGCGACAUGAUUACGACUACAACAUCGAUGCCUGUGCGCGCACCAUCCAGCUGUUGGAGCCGCUGGCGCAGCAAUUGAGAAGGAUGACCGAAGCGGAGCAGAAGGCUUUCACCCUUCCGCUUGGUCUUGGUGGACAGAGCGAGACGAUCUACAAACGGAUCAUCAUGAAGAUCUACGGACGAGAGAAGGGCCAUACGGUCGUCACCGAGCUGUCCGCGAGUCCCUACCAAGUCAUCCCCGUCGUGCUCAACAGACUCAAAGAGCGUCUGGAGACGUGGAAGAUGGGCCAGAGGGAAUGGGAGAAGGUGUGGCGCGAACAGACGCAGAAAAUGUUCUGGCGGAGUCUGGAUCAUCAGGCUGUGAAUAAUUCCAAGGGGGAUAAGAGACAGUUUCAGACGAAGUCGCUGCAGAGUGAGAUUGCGACUAAGCAUGAGGAGAUGCGACGGCAGGAGGGAGGUGCGCCGGGGACGAUGAGGAGGCCGCAGUUGGCUUUUGUGGUGGAGGAUGUGGAGGUCGUGGUUGAUGUGGCGUUUUUGCUGUUGCAGCAUGUGCAUGUUACUAUGGAGACGGAGCAUCCGAGGCUGGGCCCGCUGAUUAGGGAGUUUGUUCCUUUGUUCUUUGGACUGGAUGCUGAGGUGUUUAGUGCGAAAAUUCGGGAGAAGUUUGGGGAGACGCCACCGAAUGAGUUGGUUGAGGAGGCGGGGUUGGUGUCUAGUGGUGAGGAGAGGGACGCAGUGAUGAGAGGGAGAAAGGUGGGCAAGGGGAAUAAUUUGCUUCGGACUGCUCUCGAUCGCGGCAGGUCUAGUAAGAUGGGACGGAAGGAGAGGGAGGGGAGUGCGGUUUCUGCUUCGCGAGCGUCUACUCCCGACGUGGCGUCUAAUGCCGGUGGUGACCCGGAGGAUAUGACGCUCGACCCACCCACCGAAGACGCUUCCGAGACUGCGAAGUCUGCGGAGAAACCGACGAUGAAAUGGUAUGCGCAUCCCGGCCAAGGCAACGAGGCAAUCAACAACAACACGCCCAUCGACCCCAACGAGGCGCAGAAACGAGACGUCUAUCGCUUCUGGGCCAACACGAGUAUCUACUGCUUCGUCCGCAUGUUUUACACCAUGUACGAGCGCCUGCUCAAACUCAAGCUCGCUGAGGCUGCCGUGGCGGAGACGGUCAAGCAUGCGGAUAAGCCGAAGCCUGCGACGGAUCUGGGGAUCAUCGAUCGACAUCCUUCUGAUUUCUUCCCCACCACCACUCCAGAGCAAGGAGGACCGAGUUAUUACGCUCAAGUCCUUGCGAAGUUCUCCGAUGUUAUCAAGGGCGAUCUUGAAUUUAGUGAGGUGGAGGAGUGUCUGAGGCGGUUCUAUCUGCAGUCCGGUUAUCCGAUGUAUGCUUUUGAGAAGAUGGUGCUUGCCACGUCGAGGUUCGCGUUGUUGGUUCUGGCGAACGAGGGGAAGGAGAAGAGUUGGGAGAUUUAUUGUGCGUUUCGUCGCGAUAGGGUACGGGAGACGACGACGGUGGCGCAGCAGAUGGAGUAUAGACGAGCGGUGGAGAAGGGGAUUAGGGAGGGGGAUCUAUAUCGGAUUGAUUUUGUGAGUAGUACUCCUUUCUCAGAAGGAGGGAUGGUGAAAUGGGAUCUGCGUGCUGACAAGAUUGUGACACAGGACCAGAGCAAGCAAACCAUCUCUUUCUUCCUCACCAGGAAGGACGAUCCGGCUUACUAUGACGACGCCCUCUCGCCGCUCGACCGCGAUAAUAAGUGGCGUGCUUAUAUCGCCUCCUACUCCAACAUCGACGACACGGAUAAUGUGCCCCGCAGUGCCUUGCACCUCCCCUUCUUGCUUAGGAAUGCGAGAAGUCUGGGUCUGGACCCGAAGAGCUCUUCUUUCCCGCCUUCGCCGCCGUUGCAGAGUUCGGACCCCGACGGCAGUGCUGGCGGGUCUGCGGUCGAUGGUGGGAUGGGUGCGGGUGGUAGCGCUGCGGCUAACGCGGCUGCAUUGAAUGAGCGGUUGAUGAACCGUCUUCUUGGGGCCAAGAGCGAAGAGAAUUUGACUUUUAGAAUCGAGGUCGAUCGGUAUCUGGCCAAAUUCGCCCCGGGGACGCAUGAAGGGUGGGUUGAGCCGGAGGGGGAGAGGAGUGGGGGUAUGGACGGGAUUAGGGGGAGUGAGGGUGCGAGGGAGGAGAGGAGCGAGGUGAUGCGGGAGAGGUUUUUGAUGAUGAAUGGGGCUAUGAAGGGGUUGUCACGCGAGGAGGUGGAGAGGAGGAAUGGGAGGUUUGGGGAUUUGGUGGAGAAGGGCACUGAUGUUGAUGGUGAGGACAGAGUUGAUGGGGAGGCGGAGGCGAUGGAUGAGAGUUAA